CGUGACCCUUCCCCAAUCACGGCGGAAUCCGUCAAGCCCACGUUCUGCAGGGUUGUCAUCUACCUACAGAAGGAGAUGUCGGGGGACACGUGUCUAACCACCACCCUUUGUCCGGCUGCAGGGCCCAAGCCCAAAGCUUGCAGCUUCAAAGGGGGCAGCCUUGGUAACAAGUAUGUGCGGCUAAACGUGGGGGGCUCUUUGUACUACACCACAGUGCAAGUACUGACCAGGCACGACACGAUGCUUAAGGCCAUGUUCAGCGGCAGAAUGGAAGUGCUCACAGACAAGGAAGGCUGGAUCCUUAUUGACCGUUGUGGGAAGCACUUCGGAACAAUUUUAAACUAUCUCCGAGAUGACACGAUUGCACUUCCAAAACACAGGCAGGAGAUCAAAGAGUUGAUGGCAGAAGCCAAAUAUUAUCUCAUUCAGGGCUUAGUGGACAUGUGCCAGGCAGCCCUGCAGGACAAGAAAGACUUGUAUGAACCUGUCUGUAGCAUCCCUAUUAUCACAUCUCCAAAGGAAGAAGAGAGGCUGAUCGAAUCAUCAAUGAAACCCGUUGUUAAGCUGCUCUAUAACAGAAGCAACAACAAAUAUUCCUACACCAGUAACUCAGAUGACAACUUGCUGAAGAACAUAGAGCUGUUUGACAAACUCUCUCUCCGAUUCAACGGCAGAGUUCUUUUCAUUAAGGAUGUUAUCGGGGAUGAAAUCUGCUGCUGGUCUUUCUACGGACAGGGUCGGAAACUUGCUGAAGUCUGUUGCACCUCUAUAGUCUAUGCUACAGAGAAGAAGCAGACCAAGGUUGAAUUCCCCGAGGCACGAAUUUAUGAGGAAACACUAAAUGUCUUACUGUAUGAAACACCACGGGUUCCUGAUAACUCCCUACUGGAAGCAACAAGCAGGAGCCGAAGCCAGGCGUCGCACAGUGAGGACGAUGAGGGCUUUGAACUUCGUGACCGAGUGCGCCGGAUCCAUGUGAAGAGAUACAGCACCUACGACGACCGUCAGCUGGGCCACUAGCACACCCGUCGAGGAGAAGGGGUUUGGUGUCAAGGCU